AUGUAUCCUCCAAAUGAAAAUGGGACAGAGUAUUCGGGUCCUUUCUUAACGAUAAAUGAUAAUGGCAGUAGUAACACUCUUCAUCAAUUAAUAGAAAAUAAUAAUUCAAAAAGGAAGGGAUUAAAUCAGUUGGAUAUAUCAUCAUCAACUCCUUCAUCAAGAAAAGGCUCCAUCCUCUCUGGAGGAAAUAAAUCAUCACCCAGUUCUCCUCUCCUUACUGCCUCUCAACAACAUCAUCCAAUGAGGAAUUCCAUUCUUGAGGAUACCGAAAUUAAGAAGGUAAUAACACUCUCUCUUCAACUGACAGAGGAAGUAAAGAGACAAAAAAACCGAGUCUCCGAAAAGGAAUUGGAAAAUCAAGCCCUUGAGAGAGAAAAUCAAUUUCUUCAUGAUGAAAUGGCAAAUAUUAAGGAACAAGUAUCAGCCUUAAAGGCAAAGAAAAAUCAAUACAAGUACGAAAGAGAUACUUUAAAAUUGGAAUUGAACAAUUCGAGAGAAAAAUUAUUACACAUCACUAAGGAAAAGGAUCUACAAAAGGAAGAGAGUGAGCCAUCGGAAUCAAUUGGAGAUAAGGAGAGUAGUAAUAGAAUUGCAUUAUUGAAGAAGGCGGAAUCUUCUAAAAAAUUAAUUUUAGACAAUGGUUGGAUGGCCUCAGCAGAACUUAGAAAUAAGUAUCAAACUGUAUGUGACAACCUAGAUGAAAUGACAGAAAAAAUAGAAAAGAGUGAUCAACAAAUGAAAGAGUUGACAGAACAAAACAAACUACUCGAGCUCAAGCUUGCGAAUGCAAGAGAAAAUGAAAAUGCUCUCCUCAAUCACGUGGAAUAUACAGAACAGCUCUAUUACGAGGCUAGAGAAAAUGUAGAAAAUCUCACCGAUACUGUAAACAAAAUGAAACGAGAAUAUGAUAGAGUUGUUCAUGGAAUUGGUUGGAGAGCUCCAAUGGAAAUUAGUGAUGAUAGUAUCUCAUCGAGCAAUGAUUCUACACCAAGAGAAUAUCUAGAUUUGGAACCGGCAGAUGAGCUUCUUCAAGUAGCGGACGGAGAUGAAACAUCACAACUUAGAAUUGAGAAUGCCAAGCUAAGGCAUGAUUUGGAGGAACUUCAACGAAUUCUUGACCAAACUCGAGAGGAUUUACAAAUACUAAGAAUUCAAAGUAUGGAAUCUCCACGAACACCUAGGGUUGGUACUCCAAGAAACACUGAAAAAUUGGUGCCUCAACAACCUUCUCCUGUUUCCAAUACAUCGAGUGCUGAUGUUAUAGAUAGUAAGAUAUUUGAGGAGUGGAAUAAGCUUUUAUCGGAUAAAUUUGAACAUAAUUUAGAAAUCUUAAAGGAACAAGUGGUUGGAUACGAGAGAAAAUCCUUUAAUAAUAAUUUGAAAAAUAAGCAACAAUCACAGAGUUUCUUAGAAGAUUACUUUAGACUAAUGUUACUCUCUGUAAAGAUUUUACUUUCUAAAGAGCCUAGGUAUCAGAACACUGUAUGGUAUAAGAUAUGGUGUGAUGUCAAUUCCGAAGAAAUUUAUUCAGCAAUCCUUAAUAACCAGGUUCCUAUUGAGGAAUGGUGGCUAUUCCUAUAUACUACCAUUCAGACACGUCUCGAAUAUGCCAAACUAGAGUAUGAAGAUGAAGAAUCAGGAGCAUUAGCCUUUGAUCUUUCGUAA